CGACAAACUAUCCCAAACCGAAAGUGCUGCAUGAGUAUGCGAUGUAGAUCAACUCCAGUUUCUUCAGGUCUUCUUGUGUUGAGACACAUUCGGAGGAAGUCCCUGACAUUCCGAGGGUUUUUUUUUAUGUAGCUGCAAUGGCCGGUAUUAAAGCCCUGAUCAGCCUCUCCUUUGGUGGAGCCAUUGGCCUCAUGUUUCUUAUGCUUGGCUGUGCAUUGCCUGUGUAUAAUCAAUACUGGCCGCUCUUCCUUCUCUUCUUCUACAUCCUGUCCCCUAUCCCAUACUGCAUUUCUCGUCGCGUGGUGGAUGACACAGACUCGGCUAGUAAUGCCUGCAAAGAGCUGGCUAUUUUCCUCACCACAGGGAUUGUUGUGUCUGCAUUUGGCCUACCCAUCAUAUUCGCACGCGCUAGUGUGAUCGCAUGGGGGGCCUGUGCGCUCGUCCUGACAGGAAAUAUUGUCAUUUUUGGCACCAUUCUUGGCUUCUUCCUCGUCUUCGGAUCAAACGACGACUUUAGCUGGCAGCAGUGGUGAAGCGGAGAACUGUUUUUAACCUACAUACGUUGUUACCACGGCUAUUGCCGUGGUUCUUAUUGUCGUCUUUAUUAUUUAUAGUGACUGGCCAUCUGUAUUAAGAGGAAAUCAGUGCAAUAAGUUGUCACUGGGUUCGGUUUGACCUCAGAAAGCUUUUUAUUUCAUGCAUUAGCAAGGUUUCUAUUUUUUUUUUUCUGCACGCAUGAUCAACGCUUUUCUACAGAAUGUAGAAUGUAAAUUGCCAUGGAAAAAAAUAAGCUUCUAUGGAUAGAGAAGUCUCUUGAAGUCUGACAGACUAUCAUUUCGAGCACGUCCUUUAGCUUUAGCCUUUAGCUUGGUGAAUCUUCUGUGUAAUUUUUUUUAAGGUUAAUUACUUUUCAUGUAAUAUGGUUUAAGUUUGUUAUUUAUUAACAUACAAUGCAUUGUAUUCUGCCACUGUUACAUUGUAGGCAGCAGCGCUCCAUCCCAUAAACCAAAAUGCCAGA